AUGUCUACAACAACUAGCAAUGACGAUAAUAAUAAUGAAAAAAAUUUUGUAAUAAAAGAAGGAAAUGACUCAUACAAUUGUUGUGACAAUAAUUCAUAUGUUAACAGUGAGAAAAAUAUUGAUGAUGAUGAUGAACUUCCUCGAGUUCAAAUGUCUAAAAUUAAAUUAGAUAUAUUAUUUUCUGGACCAGCUAUAUUUAAUCAAUUUGGAUCAAUUGAAAAGACCGCCUGGGUCGCAAUUGCCGAUUUAUUCACAGCCACAGCUUUUCAACCAACUUAUGGAAAUUUUGCAGAUAUUUUUGGUAGAAAAGUCACUGUAUUAUCAUCAUUAUUAAUUUUCGGAAUAGGAUCUGCAUUAUCCGGCGCAUCGUCUAGUAUAAAUAUGUUGAUUGCAUCUAGAGCAAUUACAGGUAUUGGUGCAGGAGGAUUUAUUGGUUUGACAAGUAUUAUAAUAGCAGAUAUUGUGAGUCUCAAAAAUCGAGGAAAAUAUAUGGGAUUCGCUGGAGGAGUUUAUGCCAUAGGAUCAAUAUUAGGACCACUUCUAGGAUCUUUAAAAGACAAACUUAAAAGAGUUGAUUGGUUGGGAACAUUAUUAAUGGCUAUUUCAGCAAUUUCAUUAUUAUUACCUUUACAAUAUGGUGGAAUUGAACAUUCUUGGAAUUCGCCACUGAUCAUAAUAUUAUUUAUUUUGGGAGGUUUGGGAUUUAUAGCGUUUGUUUAUGUCGAAACUUUUAUUUCCAUUGAACCAAUUGCUCCUGUCAAAUUAUUUAAAGAUCGAACAAUUGUCGCAUGUUUUGCUUUAAACUUUUUCUAUAGCAUAGGUCUAUAUGAAAAUAUAUUUUAUGUUCCAUUGUUCUUUCAAAUUGUUGAUGGUGAUUCAGCCACAAAGUCUGGUACUAAAUUACUUGCAUAUGUUUUGGGAGCAGUUGUCUCUGCUGUAAUAACUGGUCAAAUACUAUCCCGUGCAUCAGGUUAUUCAUAUAAAAUAAUAUGUGUAAUGGGUGGAGCUUUAAUGACUAUUGGAGGAGGAUUAACUUUCGGUUUUAAUGAAAAUACAAAUUCAAGAGAACAAAUUGGAUAUCUUUUAAUUUCUGGGUUAGGUGCUGGAUCAGUUUUUCAAACUGGUUUAUUAGCAGCGCAGGCCAUGGUUAAGCUAGAAGAUAUUGCUACAGUUACUUCUUUGAUAACAUUCUUUAGAUCACUGGGAUCAGUAAUAGGACUAUCAAUAUUUUCUUCAAUCUUCAAUAACUUUUUAAUUAAAAAUACUCUUGAAACAUUUCCUGGUUUUAAAAUUGAUCAGUUCAAAGGAGAUCUUAACACAUUUAAAGCUUUACCAAACACAAUUAAAUCACCUAUAUUAGGUAUAUUCGUAAAAUCUUUUCAAAAUGUAUUUUUAGUAGGUCUUAUAGCUGGUGGUUUAUUACUUUUUAGUUCUUUAUUUAUGAAAAAUUAUAUUAGAAAUGGUAGAGAAAAGAUUAGUAAAUAA